AGCGUUUGAGAUAAAUUGUUUACAUCGGUUGUCAUGAACUAACUUAGAGGAAAGACAUAGCUUGGUUCGAUUGCAGUGCUAUUUUCGAGUUAUAGCGUACGUUCAUCCGUCCACAAUCUGUACGCUGUGAACUGAAGGUCUGUUUCAAGAAAAACAAAGAAAUGGGAUUACUAGAUAGAUUAGCUCGUUGGUUGGGAAUGAAAAAGAAAGAAGCUAAUGUUCUUGUGGUAGGAUUAGAUAACAGUGGUAAAACUACAAUACUAAAUUAUUUGAAACCAGAAGAAUGUAAAUCUCAUGACAUUGUACCAACAGUAGGGUUUAGUGUUGAAAAAUUUGCUAAUAGUUCACUACAGUUUACAGCUUUUGACAUGUCUGGGCAAGGUAGAUAUCGUAAUUUAUGGGAACAUUAUUAUCGCGAGUGUCAUGGUAUCAUAUUUGUAGUUGACAGCAGUGAUAAAUUACGGAUGGUGGUGGCUAAAGAUGAAUUAGACCAAUUACUGUCCCAUCAAGACAUUAAAAAUCGUAGAAUUCCUAUUCUUUUCUUCGCUAAUAAAAUGGACUUGAGGGAUUCUGUGUCUAGUGUGAAAUGUUCAAGUCUUAUGGGUUUGGAACUAAUACGUGAUAAAGCUUGGCAUAUAUGUGCCAGUAAUGCUAUGACAGGAGAAGGUUUACAUGAAGGAGUUGAAUGGUUAACAGACCAAAUAAAAGAUCUUGUUGAUAAAAAAAAUUGAUAUUUCCGAUCUGCUUGAUUGUUCAAAUGGAAUAAGUAAUAGAGGGAGUGGGGGGAGAAUUUACAACUGUAAUACACUGCAGUAUGUGUUUUUAAGCUUCAAAAGUAUUUUUCAUGCAGUUUAUGAUAAGAUUGCAAGCGAGAAGUGAAUUAGCAUGCAUGACUUUGUUAUUGUAUGUGCAUCCAAAAUCUAAUUCUGAUUUCCCUUUUUAUGAUAAUCCUCCACAUUCAUUAAUAUCUACUGCAAUCCAACAGUAAAAAUAUUCUGAUCUUUAUUAUUAACUUAAUCAAAUUUUUCAGUUAUUGCUCAUCCUUUGCCCAAAUUCCAGAAAGAGUGACAUAAUGGGAGGCUAAUGUUUUCAUUAGAUUUAUGAGGUUUGUGAAAGUUCAUAAUUUUUUUAUCAAAAAAUCUGAAUGUAACGUGCAAGUGACAACAUUGAAAAGAUUUUGUUAUGUACUUAUUUAUCUGUAUUAUGUUGUAAGAUUACUUUCUUGUUGUCAGAGAAGUGUUUUAUAUCAAUGAAUCAAAUUUUUUUUUCAUAAAAAUUUUAAGAGGUAUUCUCAGAUGACUUGGAUUUAAAGGAGGCCCUUGUGAGAGAUAAGAGUUUUGUUUUUUAAAAUUUUUUUUUUUAACUACAGUGAAAUCCAUGUGGUUGUAUGAAAGAGAAUACAUUGUGUAGUCUUUUAAUCCUGUUAACCCGAUUUCUGUUCCUCUUGAAUAUUAAGAUUACCUUUAGAAGAGGUAAAGCUACUCAAAUUAAUAUGUUAAAAUUGAUCCACUGUAUCUAUAUAUAAAACUGUGAUGAAUAGAAAGUAAAAUAUUUU